AUGAGUGAAGCAAAACCAUCAAGUGUACCUGCCGAACCUGGACUUUACCUGUGUAAAAGUUCUGAGGAAACAAACAAGAAUGAGAUUGGAAACGUUCCUUACCGUGAAGCAAUAGGCGCGUUACUUUUCGCAGCAAGAGUGUGCCGCCCCGAUAUCGAGUAUGCAAUUAAUUACCUGAGCCAGUUCGUUGAUGCUCACAAUCGCACACAUUGGUCUGCUGUGAAACAAAUACUCAGAUAUUUAUCUGGUACUCGUGAUCUCGGGAUAGUUUUCGGAAAUAGUGGGAGCUCCUGCGAAAUCAGAGGUUACACUGAUGCUGAUUACGCAGGAUGCUUAGAGACGCAAAAAUCGAGAAGCGGUUUCGUAUUUCAAUUAAAUGGUGGGCCGAUUUCGUGGUCCAGCCAACGACAAAGCGUCGUAUCACUGUCAACUGCCGAAGCAGAAUAUAUCGCGCUAGCACAUGGAACCAGAGAAGCUAUUUGGCUACACCGAAUUUUAAAUGACUUGAAACUUCCAUGUACGAGUAUUUCACUCUUUGUCGAUAAUCAAUCCGCGAUCAAUUUAGCAAAAAACUCCGAGUUCCAUAAGCGUUCGAAACACAUAGAUGUGCGAUAUCAUUUUGUACGCGAUAUUUUAAAUAGAGAGAUUAUUAGCAUCAAUUACGUUGCGUCAAAAGAACAGUUAGCUGAUGUUUUUACGAAACCGCUGACAAAACAAACAUUCUGUUACUUGCGCAAGCAAUUAAAUGUUUUGGAACAUCCAAAUUAA